AUGCUUUAUUUUUGUUUCUCUUUAGCUGCAGUUUUAUUAGCCGCUCAUGAACAGUUUGAUGACAUCGAGGGCCAAGUCUGUGCCGACCUUGGUUGUGGCUGUGGAACUUUUGCUGCAGGUCUUUGCAGCUUGAGCGCAGAUUACUGCUUCGGAUUCGACAUCGACUCUUACGCUUUGAAGAUAUGCGUGGACAACAUGGACAACCUGGAAAUUUACAACGCGGAUUUUGUCCAAUGCGACGUAUCAAAAGUUGACAAGCGGAACAGUCCCCGCUUAGAAAAUUGCGUUGACACAGUGUUCAUGAAUCCCCCAUUUGGCACAAAAGGAAAUAAAGGUGCAGACAUAUCAUUUCUUUCCGCAGCAAUUUACAUGUCCCGAAAUACGGUUUACUCAUUGCAUAAAAGUUCGACUCGUAGAUUUAUCUUGAAGAAAGCACAGCAGUGGGGCGUCGAAGCAGAGGUUGUUGCCGAACUGCGGUUUGAUCUUCCAGCAGUGUAUAAAUUCCAUAAAUGCGAAACUCAGGAUGUGCAGGUUGAUUUUUUGCGAUUUUCCAAGAUUCGAAGGUCGGUUGCGUAA